UCCAUUGAGCAGACUUCAACAUGGCGUCCGACGGACCUCCAGGCACCGAUUCUGUCCCGUCCGAUUUAGGGAUCGCAAUCGCGGCUUUGAACACAUGGAGCUUCCAGGAUCUUCAGGGCAAGCUGUCGGAGUUGGGAGCCCCGACUAUGGGCCCGAGAGAGGAGCUCAUCGACAGGUUAAAGGGGUACAUGAUCCAGACUGGAAUCCUCCUCAGUAAACCUAAUGAUGACAAACCAAUGCCCCCGCAGAUGGGAGGUAUUCCUCCUUUGCCUCCGAUGCCCAUGCCACCAAUGCCUCCGGGCAUGGGUAUGAUGCAGUCCAUGGGCAUGAUGCCACCUGGAGCCCCCGGCCCACCUGGCAUGCGCAUGGGAAUGGAGCACGCAAAUUUGCCCCCUCCCGGUAUAUCGCAGGAUGAUCAGCUGAAGAUGGCUCAGCAGAGAGCAGCCAUGAUGCUACAGCAGGAGGAGAGGGCCAAGCAGCAGGGGGAUGAACAGGACCUUCUAGAGCAACAGAAAAGAGCUGCAGUGCUGCUGGAACAAGAGCGGCAGCAGGAGAUGGCAAAGAUGCAGCCCGGCCCCAUGAAUCCCAUCAGAGUUUCAGUGUUGGAUCCUCGUGGGCCGCUGCCUCCUGGUGUCUCUAUUUUGCCACCCCAGAAACAAAGGGUGCCCCCUCCUCCUGGAGAAGAUAACAGAGAGAUGUGGCACAAUGAGGAAAUGAGUAUCAGUGGGCCCAAGAUCCCUCAGGCUUUGGAGAAGAUCCUCCAACUGAAGGAGAUCAGACAGGAGCAGCUCACCGAUCCAGCAGAAGAGGAAGAUGAAGAUGAAGGAACAGAGAUGGACGUGACCAAUUCCUCUGCCGGAGUGAUGUCUGAGACAGAAGAUGAUGACAGCCAGAUGUCUAAAAAAGAUAAAAACCGCAAACGCAGGAACCGGAAGAAGAAGAGCAAGAAGAAGCGAGCGCAGGAGAAGAAGGAGCAGGCAGAGCAGCAGCAGCAGAAGGAGAAGGAGCAGCAGAAGGAGCAAAAGGAUCAGAAGAAGGAGGGCAGCGACAAGCAGAAGGGCAAAGAUAAAGAUAAAGAGAAGGAGAAGGAGAAGGAGCCAGAGGUCGAGAUCGAAUACGUCACCGAAGAGCCAGAGAUUUAUGACCCCAACUUCAUCUUCUUCAAGAGGAUUUUUGAGGCCUUUAAGUUGACUGAUGAUGUGAAGAAAGAGAAGGACAAGGAGCCUGAAAAGGCUGAAAAACAGGAGACGGUGGGCGUACUGAGGAAAAAGGGAUUUGAGGAGGAGAGGAAGGACAGUGACGACAGUGAUGAUGAAAUCAGACCAGAUGUACCUAAACUGUCCAAGAAGAAGCUGAGGAGGAUGAACAGGCUGACUGUGGCUGAACUCAAGCAGCUUGUUGUUCGUCCAGAUGUUGUGGAGAUGCAUGAUGUGACGGCCCAAGAGCCCAAGUUGCUGGUCCACUUAAAAGCCACCAGGAACACUGUACCGGUGCCCCGUCACUGGUGCUUUAAACGAAAGUACCUGCAGGGAAAGAGAGGUAUAGAGAAGCCCCCGUUUGAGCUGCCGGAGUUCAUCAAGAGAACGGGAAUCCAGGAGAUGAGAGAGGCUCUGCAGGAGAAGGAAGACGCCAAAACUAUGAAAACCAAAAUGAGAGAGAAGGUUCGCCCCAAAAUGGGAAAGAUCGACAUCGACUACCAGAAACUCCACGAUGCUUUCUUCAAGUGGCAGAUCAAACCCAAACUCACCAUCCACGGAGACCUUUACUACGAGGGUAAAGAAUUUGAAACCCGUCUGAAAGAGAAGAAGCCAGGAGAUCUGUCUGAUGAGCUGCGUAUUGCUCUGGGGAUGCCAGUAGGACCAAACGCACAUAAGGUGCCACCUCCCUGGUUGAUAGCCAUGCAGAGGUACGGCCCCCCUCCCUCGUACCCAAAUCUCAAGAUCCCUGGACUCAACUCCCCCAUCCCAGAGAACUGUACGUUUGGUUACCACGCCGGUGGUUGGGGGAAGCCGCCAGUAGACGAGAUGGGAAAACCGCUCUACGGGGACGUGUUUGGGACCAAUUCAAUAGACUUCCAGGCUAAAGCAGAGGAAGAAGAGGUGGAUCACACACCUUGGGGAGAGCUGGAGCCUUCAGACGAAGAAUCAUCAGAAGAGGAAGAGGAGGAGGAGAGCGAUGAAGAGAAGCCAGAUGAAACUGGGUUCUUCACACCAGCUGACAGUGGUCUGAUCACCCCGGGUGGCUUCUCAUCUGUACCUGCCGGCAUGGAGACUCCAGAGCUCAUCGAGCUGAGGAAGAAGAAGAUCGAGGAGGCCAUGGAUGGCAAUGAGACGCCUCAGCUGUACACUGUUCUCCCUGCGCGACAAACGGGCCCCGUCGGAGCGGCCAUGAUGGCUUCCACACACAUCUACGACAUGUCAGGGUCCGCGGCAGGUCGUAAGACGGGCGGAGGGCAGGAGUCACAAGGUGUGGAAGUGGCGCUGGCCCCCGAGGAGUUGGAGCUGGACCCGAUGGCAAUGACACAGAAGUACGAGGAGCACGUUCGAGAGCAGCAGGCCCAGGUGGAGAAGGAGGACUUCAGCGACAUGGUGGCCGAGCACGCUGCCAAGCAGAAGCAAAAAAAGAGGAAGGCCCAGCCACAGGACACACGAGGUGGCGCCAAGAAAUACAAAGACUUCAAGUUCUAGACAAACACGAGACCAGGCGCUGCGUGAGGGACGGCCCCAACAGGAAGUGAAAGGGGAAGAAACAUCCUCAAAUUUCAGUUUCAGAGGAUGCAGACUGCAACGUCUAUCAUCUGUUAGACCAGCACCAGUCCAGACAGGUUUUGUUCCUUUGAUCCUUCACAUGUAAUCUGUGUCACAUGAGAACAGUAGCGUGUACUUCCUCUCUUUUACUUGUACUUUUUAGAUUCGGUUUUGUUUUGUUUGUUUUUUUUCCCUGUUUUUUUUGUAAAUAAAUGAAGUGAUAACAAGA